AUGAGCGAUCACAGUGUUAGACUAGAGGAGACGGAGAGCGAGAGCCCUGAAGAAAAGCCACAGCGCAAUCGGUGCGUUCAAUGCCUCAUCAACAAUAGAUUCAUGAUAACUAUCAUUGCUGGUGUGCUAGUCGGUUUUGCAAUCGGCUUUGGUCUCCGACAACUGCCCACCAUCAGUGAAACCCUAAAGGUUUGGAUUUUUAUUGCAAAGCUAGAUCCCAAGGAGAACGGAAAAAUUAGCACCGUGGCAUUCAUCUACAUCGUCCUUUUUAACGUCCUUGGCGCCAGCAUUGGCACUGCAGCAGCAGCAGCGAUAGGACCAGGUAAACAACAUAAUCUUUAA